AUGUCGAUGAAUCGUCCUCCCAUGCACCGACCGACCGACGGUCGGUCCCACCACCAACCGCUGCUGAAAGAGGAGCAGCGCGGUCGAAUGUCUUUAGGGAACAGUGACGCCGAAGGCAGGCCUAUGCUUCACCAUACCCGCCGGCCAACGAUCCGAGAUAAGAGCCCCGAACACGAUGCCGAGCAGGCGACUCGCAAAAAGUAUAUGAUCGCGUCCGGUUUCUUGCUGCUGAGUUUGGCUAGUUUCGUGGUUCAGACCGAGACCGCGGUAUACAUUCAACAUGAGCUGCAUUGGGAUAAACCGUACGCCAUGCUGUAUUUGACACACGGUUCUUGGGCCCUCUUGUGGCCCGCUCAACUCCUCAUCCUACGCAUCCAGAAGCGGAAACUCUCGUGGAAUGCGUUCUGGCGACGUCAUGUCUUUCUUCUCCGGACGACGGCGCAAAUGGUCGAAUCGCAGGAUCAACAUCUCUCCAACUCGCGGGUUCACAACCGAUCGCCCGUUCGCUACAUGAUCAAGACCACGGCUUUUGUGACGACGGCUCUUACUAUUGCUGGAGGGUCCUGGUACGUCGCUGUCAACAUGACGACGGCCAGUGACUUGACUGCGAUCUACAACUGCUCCGCCUUCUUCGCCUACGCCUUCUCCAUCCCGCUACUCAAGGAUAAAUUGCGAUUCGACAAGGUGUUUUCGGUGCUAGUCGCCAUUGUGGGUGUCCUGGUGGUCGCAUACGGGGAUCGGGACGAAGGCAAGAAGACCGCCGACGGCACAGUGGGUAAGGGCAGCGACGAGGCGGAACACCGACUCGUGGGCAACAUCAUCAUCGGUGUCGGUAGCGUGCUCUACGGUCUGUACGAAGUCUUGUAUAAGCGGUUUGCUUGUCCGCCGGAGGGCACCAGCCCCGGCCGGAGUAUGAUCUUUGCCAACACCUUUGGCAGUCUGAUUGGACUGUUCACUCUGCUAGUCCUUUGGAUUCCCUUGCCCAUUUUGCAUUUCCUCGGUUGGGAAACCUUCCGAUGGCCCACCGGCGAAGCCGCUUGGAUGCUGAUGAUCUCCGUCCUCGCCAAUGCCACAUUCUCCGGCUCCUUCCUUGUCCUCAUCUCCCUUACUUCACCCGUCCUUUCCUCCGUCGCCGCUCUCCUGACCAUCUUCCUCGUGGCCAUCGUCGACUGGCUUCGCACUGGCCACUCUCUCUCCAUGGCCUCCAUCAUCGGCGGCAUCCUCAUCGCCGUCGCUUUCUUCCUUCUCAGCUGGAGCACCUAUCGCGAGAUGAACGAGGAGCGGAAAAAGCGGCUCGAGAACGAGGACAUCGAGUCCGAUAGCGACGACUAG